UUCAAUGGUCCAGUUUUUGCACGACUAUAAAACAUACGACAGUUUUCUAAAUGAAAUCAUAAGAUUAUUUGCUUUUGACAGCAACACAUCAAUACCAACAUCAUUUGUUCACAUAUAUCGAACGACCUCAAAAAAAUCAUCAACAUGAAAUCUUUUUUCGUCGUUGCUUUAUUAUCCGUCCUAUUGGCCUGUGUAUUCUCUGCUGAAGAAGCCAAACAAGCUGAACAGUUCAAAACCACUGAUAAGCGUUCAGUCUAUGGAUUUGGAUUAGGAUAUUCCAGCUACCACGCACCUCUCACAUACCCUGCUGCUCCAUUAGCUUAUCCGACAUCUGUUAUUUCUCCAUUUAAAUAUAACGCUCCAUUCUCAUACCCAUUGUCUGCAUAUCAUGCUCCAUUAUCUUACCACGCUCCACUCUCUUACCAUGCUCCUUUAUCUUAUCACUCUCCACUUUCUUUAUCAGCCCCAUUACCUUACCACGCUCCUUUAGCUUACCACACUCCAGCACUUUUAUAAGUACUAAUUAGAUUGUAAAAUAUUAUUAAAAUGAUGGUCAAACAUUUGUGUUUCUAAUUAUGGUAUAUGAAUGUAUUCAAUUAAACUCAUAAUAAAACUUUUAAUUAAAAA